ACUCGUCUGUGACACACGUCUCGAUUCUGCCAAAAAGAAAGUCCGUCGGCUGUAAAUUUAUGUGAAUUGUAAAUAAGCACUUCUCAAUAGAAGGAAAAAAAAGCAGUGAUUGUCAUCGCGAAGGAUGUGAAAGUUUAAGGCAAUAGAAGAGAUUGAAAGUUGAUAGAUUGCGCUAAGGAAGAAACACAGAGAGAGAGAUUCACUAUCAAAAGAGAUGGAAGAACUCCCGUCGGCAGUUGAGAAUCCGUCAGGAGACACGAAGAUCACGCGAAUCCCCAAGCCAUUCUCCAUUGAGAGUCUCAUCGCCACAACACCAUCGUCCUUUUCAACAUAUCCCGAGGCACAGUUUGACUCUCAGCCCAAUCUCACGCCACUCCAUCCGCCCACAGCUCUACCUUUGCCCAAUUUCCCACUCUACACGCAUCCCUGGCUCGGCUAUCUCACCCAGCACUUCCUGGACGGAUCCACAGACGCUCCGGCAUCGCGUGAGAAAUUGUCAGAAAUGUUCCUCGAUCCGCGAUACGCUCUUCUCAGCACAUCGGCCACGGAUCGUGAGAAAUUAGCACAGUAUUUUGUCAAUAACAUCAACAAAUCAUCACCAUCGGCAAUUCUCGAGUCCAGAGACAGAAUGUCAGACUUCAUCAUCAGUGACUACACAGCCUAUUCUCAAGGCGACAGUGCCGCGAAAUUUCCUGACGAUCGGCGAAUGUCGAUGCAAGUGUUUCCCACUAAAAUUGAGGAUCACGAUAAGACUGGUGUGGAUGUUGAGAGCACAGAUUCGUGCAGUGAUUUGAGCAUGACAAUGUCUCCAGACGGAAGUCACAAGAAUCGAGAUCUCUGUCCGUCGGAUUCUGAAUGCUCUGACGAUGGGAAUGUCAGCAUAGGAGCAACUUCUGGACGUCAUGCGACCAAUUCUGACACUGGAAAGCAAUCCGCGUCGGGAAGUUCAUCGAAAUCACGCCGAAGACGAACAGCAUUCACCUCAGAACAAUUAUUAGAGUUAGAACGAGAGUUUCAUGCCAAAAAGUACCUUAGUCUGACCGAGAGGAGUCAAAUUGCGACUACGCUCAAAUUAAGUGAAGUUCAGGUGAAAAUAUGGUUUCAAAAUCGACGAGCCAAGUGGAAAAGAGUGAAAGCCGGAUUGACGUCGCACGGACUCAAUCGCGGCUCAACGGGAAGCAGCGCAGGAACGGCAAAUAAGAUUGUCGUGCCAAUUCCCGUUCACGUCAAUCGCUUUGCCGUGCGAUCACAGCAUCAGCACAUGGAGAAAAUGGGUCUCAGCGGACCAAAGCCAGACUUGAGGAAGAAUCCUUCAAUUGAUGUGAGUGGUUUUGAGCGUUUCAACAUGGAAAUGGCAAUAAAACAGAAAAAUUUCUAAUGUGACUUGUACAUAAAAUUGCAAAAAAAAGCAUCUCAAAAUAUUAAAAGAAGAAGAAGUGUACAUAGAUAAAAAAUAAGAGUUUACUUGCAAA